AUUUCAAUUUCAGUUGCUAAUACUGUGUGUUUGUGGCUCGAUGUUUUGUGUUGUUUGAUGUAACUUGUUAAAAAUUGCGGAGCUUGAGGCACACCAAAAUCUCAUUUAGGUAAACUCUACUAGGUUUGAUGAUCAUUAUCACAUAGUAUUUGUCCUCUUUGAGCUGAAGCCUUGCAUUAGAACUGGAUGUGCUCGUUCUCAAAUGUACAUAUUUUCACUGUGUUUCUAUUUGGAAGCUGAGUUCUAAGACUGGGGCUGAAUGAAAUGUGAAAUGGAGAAUAAUGGUGAACAAUUGUGCGUACUUUCCUGAUGAGUUUGUUUUUUUUGUUGAAAAAUUGAGGAGUUGUUUUGUGGUAUCGAAUUGUAGGGUUAAUAUAAUAGAUUUAGGAACUUGUUGACGAAGCAUUAGGAGUAGAAUUGGAUAUGUAGAAAGAGAAACUUGUAGAUUACGUAUUCAUGUAAUAUCUGUUUUGGCUUAGAUAAACCACUUUUUGAUUUGCGUCUUCUGUUGCUGUUAUGUGAAGGUAUCAACGGCUUGUAUUUCGUCAUAAGUUAUAUCAUCUACGAGAAGAGAGAGACAUGAAGCCUAAAACUUUUGCUAGCCUUGUAUCUGCUCUUCUUUAUGAAAAAAGAUUUUACUCCUCGUCACUGGCAACCUGUUAUUGCUGGAUUGGGAGAUGAUGGAAAACCCUUCAUUUGCACCAUGGAUUCUAUUGGAGCCAAAGAACUGGCAAAAGAUUUUGUAGUUUCUGGAUCAGCCUUCGAAUCACUUUAUGGUGCCUGUGAGUCAAUGUUCAAGCCUGACAUGAAUUUGUCAUUUGACGCCUUCCACUCUCUAAAGAAAUACCAAGUAGAAAAAUUUGUGUCUUAAGCACCAACUAGUUCCAGAAAGUAGGCUUUUCUCUUAUUCAUCCUCCUUUAGCAUGGUCCAACCAAUACUCCUCUGAACUAUUAUGCACAAACAUAGCAAGCUUGUCCUGUAUACUAGGUGCUACAUAUGUCGUGAAGCCAGGGCCGCCCCUGACAUUUCAGGGGCCCUAGGCGAAAAGGAAAAAAGGGGCCCCUAUAACUAUAAAAGUGCAAUAAAUUAAAAAACAAUAAUGAAAUAAUUACAAAAAUAACUUAGAUCUUCUAGCAUUUUGAGAAGCAAAAUCAUCAAUAAUUUCUUCAAGAUCAAGCUUUUCUAAUACCUCAUGUUCAAUGCACAAAACCGCUAAU